AUGCAUAUUGUACGGUUUCAAAAAGCAUAUGCACAACACCAGAUUACCUACUUUCCUUCCAAUCUUCAUCAUGCAUCAAAGCACUAUAGUAUCAUCCGUCCCUUGGAUCAAGUAUUUAAGAAAUACGUCGACUCGGACGGCAUUUUCGUACCAGAAGGCUCGGAAAACCUUCCCGCAGAAAGCUCUCUUUCGGAUCAAGAAGAAAAGGACGACGACAAGGAUGAUGAUGCGGUCGGACGAUACUUCAAGUUCUCCUUCCCCGAUCUAGACGAGCGGAUAAGACAAGUCAUCGAAAAAUACGGCGCAGUCUUCCCUAAGCUCAAUUUUUCUUGCACCAAGGGUCAGCCAAUUGCAUAUACAUCCUUGUUCACAUCAAGACAAAGUUGUUUAUCAAGAAAUUCAUGCCGCUUCAUUUUCACCUCCCAGUCCACAAAUUCUGCACCUCGUUCUAUCCCAACUUGAAAUGAUAUCCUACCGUUACGUUAAUUCAGCUACGAUUGCAGAUAGACCCGUUG